UGUUAUCUUUUCGUAAUUGGGUUUUUAAACUCCAGUUUUCACUUCACUCAGAAAAUAAAAUGUUUCAAAAUCAAAAAUAAGGGGAAAUAUGUUACACGCCCUAGUUAUGUAGGCCAGGAGUUGGCAAACUUUUUCUUAAAGGGCCAGGUGGUAAAUAUUUUUGGCUUCAAGGGCUGGGAAGCAAAAAGCAAGGAUAUUAUACAGGUACAUUUUACAUUUUAAUCAUUUAAAAUGUAUCUGUUUAGAAAUGUAAAACCAUCCCUAGCCCCUGGGCCAUCCAAAAGCAGGUGGCAGGCUGGAGUUGGCCAGCAGGCCUUAUGUUUGCCAGCCCCUGUACAAUCGGUCUUACCAGCACUAACAGAAACCCUACUCCCUUCUCUUUCUUCCAGCCCCAUGCCUGGAGGUUACGGGGUGAUGGGUGACGAUGGCUCUAUGGAUUAUAGCGUUCAUGAGGCCUGGAACGAAGCCACCAACGUGUACUUGGUAGUGAUCCUUGUUAGCUUUGUCCUCUUCAUGUACGCCAAGAGGAAUAAAAGGAAAAUUAUGAGGAUAUUCAGUGUGCCACCUACAGCAGAAACUUUAUCAGAGCCCAGCUUUUAUGACACAAUGAGCAAAAUCCGUUUAAGACAACAACUGGAAAUGUAUUCCAUCUCAAGGAAGUAUGACUAUCAGCAGCCACAAAACCAAGCUGACAGCGUGCAACUCUCGUUGGAAUGAAAUCACAGAAAACGAACAACAUAAGUAAUGGUUCAGCAGUCUAGUAGUAAGCUCCUAAAUAUACUAAAUCAUGAACAGCAUUUUUUUUUCAAACCCUAUGUACCUAAAAUCACUUCACUUGUCAUUUCUCCCCAGUUUUAUUUUUCUUUUCAAAAUUACAUCGCCAAGUCAUUUAUUAUACCAAAAAGGGUGGAAGGGGAAACAGGGGAAGCACAGACUAUAACCAGGGAUGGUGAUUUUACCUUGUGAAGACCUUUGAUUUCUUCAGGAUACAGUCAGUGAGGAAUAGAAAUACAUCUUUGAAAGUGACAUUCUGGAGAGUAUGCCACUGUGAUUUAAACAUUUUUGUGAAAUUCAAAAGUAAAAAUCCAGUCCUUGGAAGAAUAUCAUCCUCUUCAGUCGUAUUCUGUAAUGAAUGUAAUACAGGUAGUGGACAAAUUUGUGUUCUCACUGCUGUCCUUACUGCGCUUUAAUUGAAUUAACGAUCUUCGCUGCUUCCGAACUUCUGCAGGAGACUGUCUUUUCUACUCUCUGCUAAUUGUGGAAGCUUUCUGUGAUUGGAAUGUUUUCCCUUCAUUGUGUUCCCAGGAGCUUGCUUUUUUUUUUUUUUU